AUGGAAAACCCGAAGCCCUGGGAGGCUGCAGUCAAUGCCGCCAGCCCUGUCGACACAAAUUUCGGCCUUCGAUCACCAUGGGACAAAUCUGUCAACCCUGCUGUCAUGCACACCCCGAUACGUUGGCAGGGAUUCAUCAAGGACCUGGAGAUCGUCGGAGAGUUGCCCAAGCAAAUCAAAGGGACUUUCUAUCGUGUGGCGGCUGAUCCUUUCUACCCCAUGCACCCUGACAAUUGGCUCCCUAUUGAGGGUGAUGGCAAUGUGACAGCCUUUCGUUUUGCAGACGGUCAAGUCGACAUGAAAGUACGAUACGUCGAGACGGAGAGAUUGAAGUUAGAGCGCCAGGCUGGUAAACGACUUUUUGGGCUGUAUCGAAACCCAUACUCUCAUCAUCCUUGCGUUCAGGCUGCCGUCGAUUCUACAGCAAACACUAAUCUUGUUCUUUGGGCCGGGAAACUGAUCGCACUAAAGGAGGGCAACCUGCCGUACGAAUUAGACCCAAAUACUCUCGCCACUAGGGGUUAUGAUCCGUUUAAGGCACCAGACAACUCGAAAACCUUCACCGCGCAUCCCAAAGUUGACCCAUUCACCAAUGAGCUCGUUGUCUUCGGGUUCGAGGCAAAGGGCCUAGCUACCACAGAUGCUGUUAUCUAUACUCUUGAUAAAAACGGCGUAACUAAAGAUGUAUCAUGGGUUAAGUGCGAUUGGCAGACUAUGAUACACGAUUGUGUCGUCACCGAAAAUUUCAUCAUCCUCUUAUGUAUGCCCUUUGAAGCGAAUCUUCAACGCAUGAAAGAAGGGAAACAUCACUGGCGAUGGCUGCCUGAGCACAAGUCCGCCUUCCUAGUCGCACCCCGAAGACCAGGCAAAAAUCUACCACCGGGUUGGAAGAUCGGCGAGUGGAGGACAUACUACUGGGGAAAUUGCAUUACUAUUCAUUCCGCCGGCGGUUGGGAGGAAAAUGGCAAGAUAUACCUUGAGACCAGCAGAAUGAGAGGGAUGAAUCUCUUCGCCGCCUUCAACGGCCCCGAAGUUCCACCCUUCGAUCCCACGAAGCCGCCCAAUUUUACCUCCGACUUGCCCCUCUGGGAGAUUGAUCUUUCUCUGCCGGAUGGAGCAACACUACCCGAUCCCAGUAUUACUGUGGGCCAUCCAGCAGAGUUCAUGCGCAUCGAUGAGCGGUUCCUGACACAGAAAUAUCAGUACGUGUUUGGUAUUGCUAUUUAUCCUUUGGUCCCGCCAGGUCCUCUGGGAUUCAAUUGUUUCUUCAAACAUGACCGAAAGACCGGCAAGAAUGAAUAUUAUUAUCCAGGGGACCAGUGUUCCGUUGAGGAGCCCAUCUUCAUCCCACGUUCUAAGGAUGCUCCUGAAGGGGACGGGUUCAUUGUCGGUAUGGUCGAGCACCAGGAGGCAGGCUAUAGUGAGUUGGUUGUUCUGGACUCGAACAAUUUUUCUCAGCCUGUCGCCCUUGUCAAGGCGCCGUUCCGCCUAAUGAACCAAAUUCAUGGGAAUUGGUGCGAUAUUGAUGCCAUUCCAGGAGACGGUGGUAGUAGCCUAGCCCCUGAAUUUGAGUUCUCAAACGUCAAAGUUAGUGGCCAGGGUCUGCUUCCAUUGUCUUAG